AUGAAAGUGACGUUGGCUUGUGAUUCGAUUCUCGUUCCGCCUAGCUCGGCUUCAUCAUUCGGUCCUGUUUUGUUUCCUAACUCUCCCCGAUACUCACGACUCUGCCAUUUGUUACAAACUUACAUUCAACUUGAAAUAUGGGAAGAAGUCCAGGUAGGUGGCCCGCACUCAUCCGCUUCCGCUGUUCACUUUAUUGACCUUUUGAUGCUAGAAAUCGAGGCGGCCUUCCGGCCCCUACGAGCCGGUGAGCUUCAGGUCCUCCGGUCGCAAUAUGAAAAGGAGGGCAUGUAUGCUGGAGUCCAAACGAAAUUCAACUAUGCAUGGGGCUUGAUCUGCGAAGACCAACGAUCCGAUCAACAAGAAGGUCUCCGCUUGCUAGCCGAGAUCUUCAGAGCCGCCCCGGAGCGCCAACGGGAAUGCCUCUGGUACAUGGCGUUGGCCAACUACAAGCUCGGCAACUACGGCGAAUCGCGUCGACUGAACGAUGCGCUCCUGGAACACGAAGGCAAGGAUGAGCAAGGGAAGUGGAAGAAUCGCCAGGCGUCGAAGCUGGAAGAUGCCAUCAACGAAAAGGUCACGAGGGAAGGACUGAUGGGCAUUGCUAUCAUGGGAGGCUUAGCUGUCGCGGCGGGUACAGUAGCCAGUCUGGUCUUCAAGGGCGUUCGCAGACGGUGA